AUGGACUUGGUUUAUACAUCUGUGGUUUUGCUUCCAAAAUUUCUUGACAAAGAUAGUGGCUUCCUUGUAAACGAUCAAGUGAAGAUUGUUGUGGAGGUUGAUGCUCUUCAAGAUAUACCAGUGGAAACUGAGAAGACAGAGGAAAAUGAUUGUGUUUUGCUGAAGGAAGGUUCAUCAAUAAUGGAAAGCAUUGAUGUCAAUGGUUUUCAUGUUUUUCCUUCACAAGUAGGAUAUGUGGGGCGUUUAUUUGAAAAGCACCCUGACAUUGCAGUUGAUUUUCGUGCAAAGAACCAACAUGUGAGGCACGCAUGCAUGAGUUCCCUUCUCGGCUUAAUUCAGACAUUGUGCAAAUCACUUCAAGAACUAUCCAAUGAAGAUCUUAUCGAAGCAGACAUUGCACUGAAAUAUGUGAAAGAUGCAGGAUUUAAGGUUGAUUGGCUGGAGAAGAAUCUGGAGCAAGUCAAAGAAAAGAAGUUGAAAGAGCUGUCCAGUUUGGCCAUGCUCCAAGAAACUGAGGAAAAAACACUGAGACUGAAGAGAAAGUUUGAAGAGCUUGAUGCUCUUGCUGAAGAGCAGAAGAAAGAGUUGUCAGCCACCAGAACUUCUCUCACCUUCGACGAUGUUGUUUGA